AUGUCAAAUCGAUCACGUUCUCGUUCUCCGCAUCACAAUCAAAAUCACAAAGAUCAAUACAAAACAACAUCAUCGUCUUUAACGUCGAAUCUGUCCGAAUCGUCGUCAAUGUCGUCUAAUAAAAAGCAGCGAAAUUCACCUAGUGUAAAAUCAGAAUCGAUUAGCACACCUCCGUUGAGAACAGUCAAUGAAAAAACAUCACUUCCACCAUCGCUACCCCCAUCAAUGAAUCCACUGGGACUGGAUCCUGUAACGUUAUCGAUAUUAGAACGGCAGCGCGUUUCAGCUGCUUACGCAUCGUUAUUUUCAAAUCCGUUUUUAACACCGCCUGCAAUGAAUGACCGAUCACCUUAUGGUAACGCAGGUUUUUGGCCAGGCAUGGGGGGAAAUGAUCGAAAUCCUCAUACAGCUGCAGCAGCGGUGGCAGCUGCCGAAGCUUAUCGAAAUUUAUUCGACGCUCAACGUUUAAAUGAAACAUUUUUACAACAACGUGAACAUUUUCUAGCACUCGCCGCAUCGGGACAAUCUCCAACAACAACAUCUCCUCGUGGUCCCAGUCUACCGCCAUUUACCUCACAAGAAACGUCUCGGUUAUUUCAAGAAAACUAUGAACGUGAACGUUUAGCGUACAUAAAAGCAGCAACAUUAAUCAAAGAUGAACCAAAAACAAACGGUAUUCUGUCUUCACCAAAAGUACCUAUAAAAGCCGAACGUUUUUCACCUCAAACAGCCACAAAUAAUACAAGUCCAAAACAAGAACCGCCGUCGCCUUCAUCUUCAACAUCAUCGUCUAAAACAUCGAAAAAAAUCAAAAAGUCAUCAGCAUCUAUUAAUUACACAGCACCUGCUGUUGCUACUCUACCCCCAUCUACGACUAUUUCUACUACUUCUCUCCCAUUAGUGGAAUCAAAUACGGAUUCAUCAUCAUCAUCUGAUAUUGCCAUUCAGCCUGCUCAACUAUCGAAUGAAGCGGCUGGCGAUGUAAGGUAA